AUGGCUACCGACGUCGACGUCAACUGUCGAGACGUCGUCAAAGGGGCUUUUUCCAAGGGCAAUGGCAGCGCUGGCUUCUGCCCGAGAGUGCCCAGGUUGGACCAGUGGGUCAACCGCUCCUUUCGAGCUGUUGAGCGAGCGGCAGACUGGUUGAUGGGGAGCGCCGGCCCCAUCUUCGUCACGCUCUGCAUUGUCCUCGUCUCCAUCGGUGCUUGGACCUUCUUCCUCCUCUUCCUCCCCUCGGCCUUCCCACCUCGUUCACCAUCCCUCUCCCUCAGCUUCCUGAUCUUCCCUCUGGCCCUCCUCACGUGCCUCAGCAUCAUGCAUACCAUCGCUUGGUUCUACUAUACAGCCUGUCGCACCCCACCGGGCUUCGUCGCCUCCUUCGCGCUCGAGUCCUGCCGACUCGCGGGCGACGACAUUGCGGCCAUUGAUGCGAGAUGGAGGCAGUAUGCGGCCGAGGCCAGACGGAGGAGUCAAUGGGUCGACGAUGGAACCAUUCCGAGGGAGAGGCUACCACAAAUGCGGAGAGAGGGUAGAGACGGUAGAAAUGGAGAGGCUGGAGACGACAACGACGACGAUCAUUGGCCGAGAGUCAAGAUGUGCUUCAAAUGCUCUCAGAUUCCGCUCUGGAAGGCCUUGGCAUAUCUGCCGCCGGAGUUGAGGGAGGUGGAACGUAACAAGAGGACAAAAGCGGGCGUUGAGGGAGAGCAGGCAGUUUCGUCUGCGGCGAUGACAGGUUUGCUGCAUGAAGAAGCUGGCUCGUCAUUACGCUCGAGGGCCGCUUCUCCACGCGCAGACGAUGAGGAUGAUACAGAAGAGGAUGAGCGGGAGAAGCUUAUCCCCUCAUCUUCCUCCUCUCCCUCUAUUACCAAGCGCAACCGCUUCCUCCACCUCACUGCCGCCGAAGAGGAUAGCCUGCUCCUCCCGCUCCGCCGGUCUAUCCUCACAUGGCUCCCUCCCUCCCAAGCGUACACGCUCGUCCCACCCCCAAAGCCAGAACGGACGCACCAUUGCUCUGUCUGCAAGAUCUGUGUGAUAAAGUACGACCACCACUGCCCCUGGCUCAACCAGUGCGUGGGACUUUACAACGAGCGACAUUUCCUUAUGUUCCUCUUCUCUCUCACUCUCGGGAUGGCAAUCGUCCUCGCCUGUGGGACCAGAGAGUUCAUUGCGGCGGCCAAAUUACUCAGGGCUUACGACGCCACCCCACGCCUCUUGGUCAGCUUUGGAGGGACGAACGUGGUACCACGGGGCUUCGUCCUCAUCACGUACAUCCUCUGCGGCGUGAUGGGUUUUGCGCUCUGCGUCAUGGGCGUCUCGCAUCUUCUCAUGCUGGGCAAGGGAGAGACGAAUGUAGAAGCAUCAGACCGCUCGAGUCUGUACGAGGGACUGGCGAAGAGGCGCGGCGUCAAAUUUGCGAAUGUGUAUAGUAUGGGCAACAAGUGGGAGAAUUGGCGCAAUUGGGGGAGCGUCGCGCUGCCACGAACAGAGAGGGGAGGGGCAAGACGACGAGGAGGAGGAGAACCGUCGACAGCAACAGGAGUAGGGAGGAUCGCAAAGCUUCGUGCUUGGCUUCCUGUCCUGCUUCCAGUGCGCAGGGAGACAACGUGGAGCGAUGGUUGGCACUGGCCUAAGCGCAAGGGAUUGGGAGGGGUGCAUGCGGGCAUUGCGGAGGAGGAGGAGCUGACUGAUGAAGAGGUGGAGAGGGAUGAGCAGGAGCAGCCAGGAGUGAACGAGAUGUCCCAGUCUGGACCGCCACCGCCGGCUGAGGGCAGCCAUCAGCCAGAGAUGAGAGGACGCGCCGCAGCCGAGAGGCAAUGA